AUGACUUUGAAUCCACAUGUUCAUGAGAACUUGAAAGCCAUUCAACAGGCCUUGAGUAACUACGAUAUGUCGUUUCUGUCCGAUGAUGAAGAGGAUUUUUGCCCUCUAUGUCUAGAGCCAAUGGAUAUAACGGAUAAAAACUUCAAACCAUGUCCCUGCGGUUAUCAAAUAUGUCAGUUCUGCUAUAACAACAUAAGGCAGAAUGAAGAACUUAACGGACGUUGUCCGGCCUGUCGCCGUAAAUACGACGACGAAAGUGUGGAAUAUGUGACUCUUACACCUGAAGAGCUGAAAAUGGAGAGAGAAAAGCAGGCUAGGAAGGAAUGGGAGAGGAAACAGAGGGAUAAGGAGAGAAAGGAGAAUGAGUAUGCCAACAGGAAGCAUCUGGCCGGCAUGAGAGUAAUCCAGAAGAACCUUGUUUAUGUUGUCGGCAUUAACCCACCUGUGCCUUACGAGGAAGUUGCCUCAUUGCUGAAGUCUGAUAAGUACUUCGGACAAUACGGCAAGAUAAACAAGAUAGUGGUGAACAGGAAAGCUCCACAUUCAAAUGCGAACGAUCACUACCAUUCUAAUAACAUCAACAAUAUCGUACCGGGCUACGGUGUUUACAUCACUUUUUCAAAGAAGGAAGACGCUGCCAAAUGUAUCGCCCAGGUCGAUGGCACUUACAUGGAUGGCAGACUGGUCAAGGCAGCGUACGGUACUACUAAAUAUUGCUCAUCCUAUCUGAGAGGGCUUCCUUGUCCGAACCCUAAUUGCAUGUUUUUACAUGAGCCUGGUGAAGAGGCUGAUUCCUUUAACAGAAGAGAACUAAGCAACAAACAACAGCCCCCUCAAAUGCAUCAGUCGCUACCUCAGCAGACACGCCCACAUGUCAGUAAUGCUAUUUUCAAGAGCACCGUAACUUCAACCACGGUCAGCGGUUCUGGACAUGGCUCCGGCACUCCGUCGCCCGCACCCGUUAAACUUCAGCUGCAUCACGAUAACCAUCAAAAUGGAACAGGUUCUUCUACUCCAGUGUUAAUUCCGGCGCCCGUGCCAGCCGGCUCAAACCCCUGGGGUGUUACUCAAUCCGCUACGCCAAUCACGUCUCUCAACCUGUCGAAAAACAAUAGCUCCCACAACCUACCUUCGCUAAGCAGUACUUUGGGCCACCACAAUAAUCAUCAACAUGGCGAGCAAAGUAGCGUCAGUGCGCACAAGAAAAAGCAGCAUAAUGCAAACGGCAAGGAAUUUGUCGAUCCUUAUGAUGCUCUGGACAGCGCUGUGAGAUUUUUGGAUUCUAGAAUUUCCUCACUUUCUAACUACAAAUCGCAGGAUAUCCAUCUGAAAUCGGACUUAGUGGACGAUGAAACCUACAAGCGUUAUCCUUCUCUGUUUUCGUGGAGCAAUAUUGAAACUUCUGAAGACAGCAGCGGGGAAUUGACCAAAAAACUGGUGGAUAUACUGGCGACAAACCCAGUGGAUUACUCAGCUUCUGUCAUUUCAUUUUUGCAAAACGCUAGCGCUAGCGCCAACAAUGAUCUUACUAUUCGCAAUCCCCUGCCACAACAUAUCCUUCCUCAACCAGUACCACAGGCCACCGCACAGCAACAACAUCCGUUGAAUGUCAGCACACCUCCUCCACCAGGAAUGUUCACAGCGCAACACAUCGCCAUGCAGCAGCAGCAGCAGCAGCAGCAACAACAUCAGCAGCGCCAGCAGCAGCAAUCAAAGGCAGACAAUGGUGCUUCGAACAACUCGACGGACUUUUUAAACCAACUAAUUAAUGGCAGGAGAGUCGCUGCAGGCAAUUGA